AUGCAAGCCACCUCCCAGCCUGCUUACUACGGCCAGGUCUGUAGCUGCCAUGUCCCUGCCACCUCCCAGCCUGCUUACUACGGCCAGAAACAGCCUGGCACUCAUCAGAUGCCUCUGCCUCAGCACAACCAGUCUCUGCCUCAGCAUACCACAGCAUUGCCUACGCACAAUUCUGCGAUGUCACAUCAUACAGUAAUGACACAGCAACAUUCUGUUCCUCCUCAACAUCAGUCAUCUUUACAUCAGAAUCAGACCUCCGUGCCUCAACAUCAGCCCUCCAUACCCCAACAUCAGACCUCCAUACCCCAACAUCAGACCUCCACACUUCAAUCGCAGUCUUCGGCACACUUACAUCAACAUUCCAUAUCCCAACACCAGCCUCCUGUGCCCCAACAUCAGCCCCCGGUACCCCAACAUCAGCCCCCGGUGCCCCAACAUCAGCCCCCGGUGCCCCAACAUCAGCCCCCGGUGCCCCAACAUCAGCCCCCGGUGCCCCAACAUCAUCAGGACCCACCACCCCACCCGGUGCUCCGGCCCAUGCAGCAACAGUCGUCGCAGUUGCGGAGGCCGCGGCCCCCCAGUGCAGCGUCCAAGCCUGCUCUGCAUCACUGAGCUUUUUUCCUGUAUAGUUUAGCCACUGAGCUUUACUGUCCCGUUCAACCUCGUAGGUUUUCUAUUCGUUUAAAUUUGGAACUUUUUUGUACCGUUCAACCCUGGAACUCUUUUUUUCCGUUUCAAGUCCGCAGCUUUUCUGUCCCGUUCAACCUCGUAAGUUUUCUAGCUAAUUCAACCCCGCUGCUUAUUUGUUCCGUUCAACGCUGGAACUUUUUUUCCGGUUCAAGUCCUCGGCUUUUCUGUUCGGUUCAACCCCAAAGCGCCACUAUGAGCUCACUCUUGGCAACCUCAUCUUCACUCAGAGUUUGGCUUCUGAUUCAGAUUGAAAUAGAUUUGUUAGUGCCCUGUGUUUUUUUCUAGAAGACGCUAAUUAUCGCUCAAAUAUUCGGCAGAAAUUCAACGGAAUCGAAACAGGAUUUAAAGCUCACCAUCCUCUGCUCUUAUCUGUUGAGUCAAGAGCCUUCUUGAGCCUUAGUUGCUAUGAAGAUAUUCAUUACAGCACACAAAAUAUACGCUUCUUUUGUUCGAGAAUUGCUACCAAAAGGUUUUUUUAUGAUGAAUUUUUCCUGCUUGUCCUUUGACUUGUGAAUUUACUCUGACCACUUUAGUGUAUAAAAAUGUUCUGAAUAUUAAAUUGAUUAUAGCGUUGGUUUUCUCUAAUAGCUUCUAAGGAUCCAAUAUUAUUAUUUUUACUGGCCAACUUGCCACGUAAAUGUGUCUCCUGUGAAAUAGUGCUGCCUAAAUGCUUGUUUCCUACAUAACGAGUUUAAGAUGACGAAAUUUGGAAUUUGCAAUUUCCUUUUUAUUUGCAUUUAUUUUUUAUUUAUUUAUAUUUCCUUUUGAUACAAAAACAUAACCAAGACGCCAAAGCAAUCGCUUCCACUGACCAAAAUUGUGAACCGCUCGCACUACGAAGGAGUUUUUUAUAGUAUUAAAACAUUCGCCAUCAUUUUAUAUACAAUAGCAGUUAUUUUAAUGCAGUUAUCAUUGCAGUUAUUGUCUUCAGUUUCAGAUUGCUUCAAUAUUGAGAUAAGAAAGUUGAAUAUUAAACGGCCAAAGAAAAUAGACGAUUUUUCUCCUUAUUGUUCUUUAUUGUCUGUGAAUUGAACUAUUGUAUCAACAAUUGACGAUGGAGUAUUAAUUGAAGAUGGAGCUAAUUAAUAACAACUCUAGUUAAACUAAAGCUAAAAGUUGCAUAUUUAAGUAUCUGAUUAACUUAGGUUUUUGUACUGUUGCUUUUUGGGGAUAUUGUUCAUUAAUUUUUGAUCUCUUUGUUGAAUUUUUCUUCGUUAUCUUUAAUUGGUUUCUGAUGUCAUUUUAAUUUGUUUUAAUUUCCCUCGUUUGUGUUAUUUAUUUGUAAGCUUCAUUGUUUCGUGCACUGUAAAUGGCCGUAUUUUACAUUGUGUAUAUGUACGUAUAAUAGUGACAUUACCUGACCUUUAUUGUACAGAAUAAGUGUUAUGAAUGAACGCUCCUUUUUCUCCACCCGCUCACUCCUCUUAACUCUCCACUCCCUCCUUCUCCACCGCGCACUCCUCUUUACUCUCCACUCCCUCCUUCUCCACCGCGCACUCCUCUUUACUCUCCACUCCCUCCUUCUCCACCGCUCACUCCUCUCACUAUCCACA